AUGACGAUUGUAACGUCCGUUGAAGCCGUGAUGUGGUAUUCGAAACCUCGCUCUGGAGCCGCUCGCUCGAUUGAUUUUCCUGCAAUUACUGAAUCCAGCACGAGCAAACUUGGGGCCAUUGCAGGAUUCUCGAGAUAUGAGAAGGGCUUCAGUGCGAUAGCUGGCACAACAGUGCGAUAG